CGCCACGACAGUAUGUUCCUUGUAACUUGCUGCUUGCUUAUUCCGUUCAGGAACUGAUAGAUUUCGCACAAACUGGGUGGUGACUACGACCAGAUCAACAUGGAAGAACGAUACGAAAUCUUCAGUUCUCCAGGUUGUAGCCAGCUGUCCUUUCAAAAUUCGGAACAUGCUACGUGGGGCUUGAUUGAGAACAAUGCCAGACUUCCUCUUGAGGAUCUAAUAGGCGACUUUGUGCCUCAGAGCGCCUCAAACGUGACCGAACAGAAUGUCAGUCAGUCAGCUGAAUUUGACCCCGAGAUCUACGCACUAUUCGCCUCUCCCCCAAAGGACGACCAGGCUGUACAAUAUGCAGUGGGAACAGCCGGCGAUGUCGAAAACCCGGUUGUAAGCCCUGCGCUCCAGGCAAGCCCAAGUUCGGCAGGGUACUCGGACGACUCGUACAAUAUCAUUCCUGAGAACUACGGGCGGGAAUCAUGGCUAUCAGUAUGCUCACCAUCCGGGAUCGCCUGGAUACAAAAUCAAGUCGCAUCGGACGAUUUUGCGAACAUCGCUUCAGAUCUGACAGCCUCUUGGUCGAAGCAAUUAAGGCUAAGUCGCAAUGAAGCAGCUCAGAGAGGCGCCGAACCACAGGCUGAUCUUGCUUGGAAAUACACUCACGCAUACUUCGAACGCUCCGUUGAUUCAUUGUUCGAUGUCAUUCAUCGGCCGGAGUUUGAACAUCAUCUGCGCUCACACCUGUCCAACCGUCUCUGUGACGAUGAUCCUGCAUGGCUCGCGCUUCGGAAUACGGUGUAUGCAUCUGGCUGCCGACUUUAUCGCUCUCAGAACCAUUCCGAUAGUUUUGUCAGCAUACAGCAGGAGGCAUGGCGCUUUUUUUCCAACGCUCUUUCGGUCCAUAGUGAUCUUCUGCUUCGAAGUCCAUCGAUACGGGCGGUGCGAGCUCUGCUGGCCAUGGCAUUGUUUGCGGAAGGACUGGGUAGCCCUGCCCUAGGAUCCGGCUUGGUUGCGAAUGCAUCAUUAGUUGCCCAAUCUCUGGGACUCCAUCGAGGGCUGCCUGCACUUGGACAGCCUUCGACCACCGAGUUGUUGCAGCGAAGAUGGCUCUUCUGGGCAGUAUAUUGCUGCGAGAAGAACAUUUCCCAGCGUACAGGCCGACCAUCCGUCAUUGACGACAACGACAUCGGCCGUGAGGUUCCCACUGAGGUUCUACCAGAUAGCAUGAUCGACCCUUUGAUAUUCACAUCCAUCAUCCAGACUUGUCAAAUCUCAAGUCGAUUGUGUCGGAAAUUGAUGUCCACAAGGCACCUUCAAGAUCAGCCAUCAAAGUUGAUGGAUAUUGUGAACGGUCUCGACAACGAGCUGCGAACUUGGAAAGCCACCCUUCCGUCGCAAAUCAUGCCUCAGGACGAGCUCAAACAUUUUCAAACGAAUCCAAUCUCAACAAAUCUGGCCUUGAUACUAUUACAUUGUUCAUACUACGACCUCAUCAUGGCUACACACACGAUUUUUGUCUACCCGUGGAGUAUCAGACAGCCCUCCCUCGAAUCAAACCCGGACCUUGCUGCCAGACUUCGCGCGCAAAUAACGAGAAGCUCUGAGGCGGUAGCAACGGCUGCUCGCAAUAUCAUUAUCAUGGCCCGUAAUUUCGACAUCAAUGGUGCCUGUACUCACGCGUUCAUGCUGCAUUUUCCCAUGCACGCCUUCAUCAACCUUUUUAUUUACGUUAUUAGGUUUCCAACGUUGAAAUCAGUCCGUGGGGAUCUCGCUCUUCUGGACGUAUCAACUGGCUAUUUUGGUCAAAUGGAAUUUGUGACUGGGUCCGAGCUUAGUUUCACGUUUGCACGUGAAAUUGCAGGACUUGCUCGUCGUGCAGUCAGCCAAGCUCACCAGCAAAGAUAG